CUCUUUUUUCUUUUUUUUAUAUAUUGACUUCUUUGCAUGUCGACAGCAUCCACUGAUCAUGUCGAAAAAUCAGUUGUAUUAUGGCAUAUGCAAAGCUGUAUGGCCACGAUUUAUUCCCAAUCCAAAGAUAGUGAUAACAACAAUAUCAACAAACGUCAACCACUUGCAACCAUAGGGUUUACUAACAAAGCAAGAUUUGGUCAUCAAGGUUUAGAUUCUAUUUCAAUAGUAGCACCUACCAAAUACUUUCAAUGUUUGACAACCAUCCAACUACAAAAUAAUUAUUUGACAAGUUUACCUCGAGAACUUUGGCGACUAACAGCGUUACGAAAACUCAAUGUUGGUCAUAAUCAAUUGGCAGAGAUUCCAGCAGAUAUUGGACAUUUAACACAACUAGAGGAACUGUAUCUUCAUAACAAUCAACUCACCACUUUACCUUGUCAACUUGGACGACUUUUAUCUCUGGAAGUGUUGGAUGUAACUCAUAACCCCAAGAUGUCAUGGUUGCCAUGGGAAUUGACUCUGAUUACUACUUUGAAACAUGUUUGGCUAGGUGGUAAUUCUCUUCUCGCUACACCAACAACCAUGUCACCCACAACAAUAGAUACUACAACAGCAGUGAUACCCUCUCUUCGUGACAUUUGCAUUCAAUUGGCAGGACCAAGGAUAAUGAUGGCAAUGGAGAAGAAACAGGAUCCUCCACUUUCUCCUUUUAUUUUACAAUCGAUUUUGGCAGCGGUGGAUCCUUCGGAUGACUUGAAUAUAUCAUUGGCUUGCAAAUGCUCUGUAUGUCAUGAUGUUUUGUAUUUUCCUGGUAUUUCAUUACUUCAACCUCAUGGUGUCCUUUGUAACCAAAGUGGUAUUCCUUUAUUAUAUAAGUUAUGUGGUCAAUCAUGUAGAAAUCGAUGGAUGAAUGAAAAUUCUCAUUUACAUUUAAAAUAGUUUAAUAUCUAGUAUAUAUAUUCCUUGUACAAAUAAAUAAAGUUGAAAAAAAAA